AUGGAGGAAGCUCAUAGAUCCAUAUAUUCAAUUCACCUGAGUUCCACAAAGAAGUACCAGAAUUUGAGAGAAGUAUAUUGGUGGGAAGGUAAGAAGGGGAAACUUAGUCUCCCACAUUUUGAUCCUUAUAGAAUAUCCAAGAGAAUUGACAAUGUAGCUUAUGAUUUGGAACUAGCACAAGAGUUAGCAAUUGUUCAUCCGAUAUUUCAUACAUCCAUGUUUAAGAAGUGCAUGGGUGAUCCUUCAUUGAUUGUACCAACUGAAAAUGUUGGAAUUAAGGAUAGCAUAUCCUAUGAAGAGUUUUCGGUUCAGAUUUUAGAUCGCCAAGUUUGCAUGUCAAAAACAAAGGAGGUUGCGCCAGUCAAGGUCCUUUGGAGGAACCAAUUUGUUGAAGAAGAGACUUGCGAAACUGAAGAGGGUAUAAACAAGAGAUAUCCACAUCUCUCUGAAUCCAAAAAGAAUGCAGAUUAA